AUGACUUUUGAAAGUACCGUGGAAAUCACACGCGGCCGCGUAGAAACGAAACAUAGUGCACCGUCACAAGAAAAGCCAGUGGACGAGACUGAAUCGGUGCUGACGUUUUCCAUUCCGGCUCCGAUCGCGUUGGUACGUGCACACAUCCGAGCGUUUGAAGACGACAGCAUGUACAAGCUACUACAGCGUUACGAUGGCGUCGACGUUUUACCGAAUGGCUGGCGCCAGGGUCCAUGUAAUAAAGGAAUUCAGGUUGUCUGUGGUGAAGUCGCUGGCAGUGAGUGGUAUACGAUGAAGACGACGGGUACACUUGACGUCAGUGCUUCUAAAGCUGCUGCUAUUCUUAUGCGUUGUGAUAUGGUGCCCAAGUUUGACGACAUGACAAAGGAAGUAAAGACUGUGGAAAAGCUCAGUGAUGCCUCUGAAGUACGUCGUGUGACUGCAAAGUCAGUCAUGUUUACAGCAGCUCGAGACUUUUCCGUGGUCUCGACAUAUCGUGAAGAACCCAAUGGUCGUUUUCUUAUUGCCACUCGCUCGGUCGAGCACGUGCCUGAACGUAAAGGUUAUGUUCGUGCAACCAUCCAUAUCUCAGGUUACGUGUUGACGCCGCAUCCAACCAAUCCCGACAUGUGUGAAAUAAGUGUCGUUGCCCACAUGGACUUGGGUGGUAAUAUGCCUGCCAUGGUCGUACGUUAUCUUGGGAUGUCGGCACCUAUUAAAUUGGUCGAGAAGAUUCAGGAGGUGACCAUGCGGGCAUAG